AUGGAUAAAAGAACAAGARGACCCAAGUAUGACGAAAGUCAUCUUGUUGUUCCUUCUAACUUAGUCAUCAAAUAUAAAGACAUCAUUGAAAAUAAAAAAAGUGACCAAAACAUAUGGAAAACUAAAGAUGUCACAUGGAACAAAAUCCAAAGCGAAUCAUUAAAAGAGAGGUACGAAAAGUUAAAAAAGGAUUCUAAAAAAGUAUUGGCCUCAGAAAAGAGGGAAAUUUUUAGUACUGGUGGUGGUAUAUGUAAAWAAAUUCCCCGUUCUGAGGCAAUAGACAAGAUUAUUUCUCUUCUUGGUAUCUCUGGAGAGGGAUUAAAUAACCCAUAUGAUGAUGAUGACAUUGAUAGUGACAAUGUGGUAAAUGAAGAAAAUAUAAUCAUAUUGAAUUCCUCURUCAUUGAAACAAAAAACCAAACUGAUGUGGCUCAAAAUGAAUUUUCUUCCAAUAUUAUUUCCACUGAAGAUUGGAAAUCUUGGUCUCCAGCUCAACUAAAAACACCAGUUAGUUCAAAAUUAAAACAGGUAAGAUGUGUCAAUGAUAGUUCUCAACCUCAAAAAAAAAAAAAGUAUGAAAAUUUAAAAGAUGAAGUAAGACAGAAUACAAUUGAUUUGAUCAUGAUUAAAACUCAACUAGCUAAAGAAGAGCUUGCAUAUUUUUUUUAA